GUAGUUGAACCCCACAUUUUCCUUUCUUGUAGAAUCUCCAUUACUUCCACACACUCUUUUUACCGACAAAAACUCAUUUUCUUCAUUAAUACAUCAACCAUUUGCACCUUCAAAAAGUAAUAUAUACUCCAAUUCAUCUUUUCUAAUUUGGGUUAAACAAUAAAAUAACAAAAAAAAAAAAGCAUGAAAUUUUUUAGAACACUAAGUAUACUUGUUCUUUUUUGUCUCAUCACAAUUUCCUCUGAAAUUAUUCACGCAACUGGUGAUCAGAAAAAUGUCCAAGACAAGCAAAAAGAUCAAUCUCCUACACAAAUGCUAGAAGAAGCCUACUCUAUGCUUGUUACAUCUUCAUUGCGUUCUUGGGAUAUGGUUAAGUCCUAUAUUAAUCAAUUUCAACUUAAGUAUUUUCCUCCAAAUGUAGAUUUUAGGAGCAAGGAAGAUAGCAAGGCUAAUGGAGGUGCUGGAGAGAGGAUAAUGGAUGCUACUCAGAAGAGCUUUUCAAAGAGCAAAGAGACCGUAGAAGGAUCCGCCAAAUCUGCGGCAGAGGCGAUGGAGCAGAAAGUGCAUGAAACAGCUGAGAAAGUGAAGAAUACAAUGUCUGCAGGACACAAAAAAACUGAGAAAAUUAAGGAUAUCGAGUCUUCAGCACAUGAUGAACUCUGAAAAUAAUCUACCAACAAAACAGAAAAAUUAAGGAGUGAUUAGCAUUUCUGAUUAACUUGUGCAGUGUAAGACUUUUGACAGUUUUUCGCCUUUAGAUCUUCAAUAGCAUCAUAAGUUUGUGAUUUCUCUACAUUCAAAUUUUGAUUCCUGUAAAAAUUCCACAACAGUUUAGGUAUGACUGAUUGGACUUUGCCUGUGAA